AUGGCCUUCACGGUAGAAGUGGUGUCUCCAACAGAUGUCAUAAAAUACAUGAUAUCUCAACCUUUCAUAAAAAGAAGGUUAAGUAAAUGGAGUCUACACCUACUGCAAUUCGAUUUAGUAUACGUGCCUCAAAAAUCAGUAAAAGGUCAAGCUCUAGCUCAUUUCCUAGAAACUCACCCUUGUUGUGAAUCUGGGAUCAUUGAUGAAGACGUUCUCCCGUGGACAUUAUUCUUCGAUGUUUCUAAUACCAAAGAAACAGUAGAAGCUGGAAUAUGUAUUCUAUCUCCUGAUGGGGUUCCAACUAAAGUAGCAAUAACCUUGAGAGGUCCAUACACAAAUAACAGGGGUAAGUAUAAAGCUCUAUUGAUUGGACUAGAGUUGUUAUUGGAAUUGGGAGCUAAGAAAGCUAACAUAUAUGGAGAUUCUCAGUUGGUUAUUUAUCAAAUGACUGAAGAAUUUAAAUGUAUUUCAUCUAUAUCCCAGGAAUAUAGUAAGAAAGUACAGAGAUUGUCUAAACAAUUCAAAGUAAUUUCUUUCAUACAUAUUCCUAGAAAAGAAAAUGGAAUAGCAGAUCAGUUGUCUCAAAUAGCUUCUGUUAGAGAGGAGAUACCUUCACCAAAUGAAGAUAUCAUCCUUCAAGAAAAAAUCAUGGAUCCUGUUAAUGGAACUGAUAUAGAAAUGUUAGAAAUUAUAUUGGAAGUCUAUAGAGUUUCAAUAUUAAGAGAGGAUGAGGAUUGGAGAAAAGAAAUUAUUCAAUAUCUCCAAGAUCCAACUGGGAUAAAAGUGCCUAAUAGAGUUAAAAUGGCUGCAACCAAAUUUUAUGUUGGGGAAGCUUUAACUCUCAUGGCAGAAAUUCAUCAGGGGCUUUGUGGUGCUCAUCAAAACGGUCUAAAAAUGAGAUCGUUGUUGCAUGAACAUGGUUACUAUUGGCCUACUAUGAGAAAGGAUUGUAUAGACUAUGCAAAAGGUUGUAAAAGAUGUCAAAAGUUUGGACCCAUUAGUAGGGUUCCAGCCUCAGAGCUGAAGUACAUUCUUAAGCCUUGGCCAUUUAGAGGAUGGGAAGUAGAUGUUAUAGGAGAAAUUAACCCUGCAUCUUCAAAAAAAGCAUUCAUACAUCCUAAAGAAAAAAUCUUUACAAGAUUUGGAAUCCAAGAAACCAUAACCUUUUAUCAGGCUACAUUGUUGGGAAAUCCUGAUUUGUUGGAUUAUCUUACCCAAUUUGGGAUUACUAAGUUACAUUCAACACCAUAUUAUGAUCACGCUAAUGGUCAAGCUGAGGCUACUAAUAAAAUCACAGUAAAGGGAAUCUCAAAAAUGGUGGAUAAUAAUCCUAGGAAAUGGGAUGAAUUGUUGCUAUAUGCUCUAUGGGCCUAUAGGACCUCUAAAAUUGAAGCAAUAGGAGUUACUCCUUUCAACUUAGUUUAUGGACAUACUCCAGUAAUCCCUGCUGAAGUAAAUAUAAGGUCCUCUAGAGUAGCCCAACAAAUGGGAUUAUCAGGAGAUGAUUACUCUCAAGCAAUGGAUAUUGAGGUAAUGGAUGCUUUAGAAACUAAGAAAGAAGCCUUAGAAAAAAUUAGAAUCCAAAAGGAGAAGGUUGCUAGAGCCUAUAAUAAAAAGGUAGUGCUAAAAGAAUUUCAGGAGAAUGAUAAGGUUUGGAAGAUGUUUCUACCAGAAGCAGCUUAUAAAGACCCUAAACUAGGAAAUUGA